GUGAUCAGACAGGUGAUCGGAUGAUGCGUGUGUUUGUCUUUAUACAGUGCGUUGUAUAUGUGUGCGCGGCGCGCUCCCGGCCGGCCGCCCGCCCGCGCGUGUCAUUGAGUUGAGCUCUGCAAGGUGUCUCGCGCAGCAUUGCAGUGCAGAAGUUGUGUGGGAUAGUCUUCAUUCAUUAGCGUCUGUGAUCGGGACAUUAGUGCUGUGUGGUCGCUUCAUUCAUCGUGACAGAACACCUGAAUCAUACGGACAUGUAAUGCGGUGGAUGUAAUGAAGAGGUGUGUACCCUCAUUAACCAGCACAGGGAUGUUUCUUCUUUAAAAUCACCUCUUACAACGAGAUGGGACUGGGACAAUCCAGCAGAACAUCAGUCAAUGAUGAGACGGCAGAGGUCAACUUUGACCACUUUCAGAUCCUGAGGGCCAUUGGUAAAGGCAGUUUUGGGAAGGUAUGCAUUGUUCAGAAGAAGGACACCAAGAAGAUGUAUGCCAUGAAGUACAUGAACAAACUGAAGUGUGUCGAACGCAACGAAGUGCGUAAUGUUUUCAAAGAGCUACAGAUUAUGCAGAACCUUGAACAUCCUUUCCUGGUGAACUUCUGGUACUCGUUUCAGGAUGAAGAAGACAUGUUCAUGGUGGUUGAUCUUCUGUUGGGUGGAGAUCUGCGGUAUCACCUGCAACAGAACGUGCACUUCACAGAGAACACAGUCAGACACUACGUGUGUGAAAUCUCCCUCGCUCUGCACUACUUGCGCAACAAACGCAUCAUCCACAGAGAUAUUAAACCAGACAACAUUUUACUGGAUGAACACGGUCAUGCUCACCUGACAGAUUUUAAUAUAGCUGCUAUCGUGAAGGAUGACUUAAAAGCCACAUCUAUUGCAGGGACAAAACCGUACAUGGCCCCAGAACUGUUUCAGUUGAUUGAGGGAACACAUCCAGGUUACUCAUUCGCAGUGGAAUGGUGGUCCUUAGGAAUAACUGCAUAUGAGCUGCUUCGGGGACAGAGACCGUACAUCAUGCGUGCUAACACGCCAGCCAAUGAAAUCCUGCAAACCUUCCAAAAGAUUCAGCCGUGUUACCCUGUGGCCUGGUCUCCAGGGAUGAAAUCUCUCUUAAGAAAGCUGUUGUGUGUAGAUGCUCAGCAGAGGAUUUCCAGCCUGUCAGAGCUUCAGGAUGUGGAAUGUCUGUCUGAAGUCAACUUGGACACUGUUCUUAACAAACAAAUCCCACCCGGCUUCCUCCCUAAUAGACGGAGACUGAACUGUGACCCCACGUUUGAGCUGGAGGAGAUGAUCCUUGAAUCCAAACCAUUACAUAAGAAAAAGAAGAGACUAGCGAAAAAGACAAGAGAGAACGGCUCUGAUGGAUCUCCUCAGAAUGGGCAGAUCCAACAGCGCUUGGAGAAUGUCCAGAGAGACUUUAUUGUCUUCAACAGAGAAAAGUUGAGGAAAACCAAAGAGACGAUCAACAAUAAUGUGGAAGUGACACACAAAGCCAUUGAAGAUGGACAGAACAACAAUGAUACAGCAUCACUGUGUUUAUCAGGAUAACAUUUGUCUGGAGGACCCGCCAUCACAGUUUUAUAAAGCAGAGCAGUUUUCAUGAACACUGCAACAUGCAUGACUAAAUCCAUACUGAAGAGAGAAUGUUCAUGCGAGGAGAAUCUCAGGAGCCUGAAGACCAGCGCAUGUCUCAGUGUGACACACAAAACAAACCGACACUGAUACAGAUGAAACAAACAUCAGACUUUACAGUCACUGACAUCAAGAAAACAUCAACAAAAUACAACAAAUAAGCAUCAUCAACUAUCUCAUCAUUCUCAUGAUCAUAUAGCUGGUGGUUUAAAUGUGUGCCUUGAUCUGAGUUCUUGAAUGUGUUGAAGGCCUGCUGUAUGUCUGAUUCAGAGAGUUAUCAGACUCACGGUCUCUCUCUAUAUGAUCUAAACAUACAGAAGAAGAGAACGCACAUCUCAUCAUGUCAUGUGUGAUGCAUUAUAAGAAGUGAGCUGAAGAAUCCUAUCGUCUAUUUCUCUGAGAGCAUCAUUCAGCUCAUUCUGGAUCUGUGAGGUGUGACUAAUGUUUGUACAGAUAAUAAAUCU